GGAGCACACAGCGACAAAGCGAACAGGCGGGAAGCUACGGCUGGAAUCAGAGCCAACCACCGAUGGAAGGACUGCAAAGGCUUUGGGAACAUCCGAGCAACAUGGGGAAUGGGGCUGCCACGAGCGAACAGCUCCGGAGCCCCUACCCCGGGCAUUUCACACCAGUCGAGCACACUACAGGCCCUGCGCUGAUGCCCACGUGGGCAGACCAAACAGAGUGGCCAGGCGGUAACUACUACGAGGAAAGGGGAACUCCCCCGUUAGACCACCAGCAGGGGUAUGACCAGGGGUGGGGUCCAGAACUGCAGGAAGUCCAGAAUUACCGCCCGAGACACCCUGUGCACGGAACUGAGGAUCCUCCAAGACCAUGGUGCCCACGCCCAAGAUAUCCACCGAGCUUAUACAACUGGAGGGAGUGGUUUCCACAGAGCCGAGAGGCCCAGUCAGAAAGGCCAGGACCAUCAUGGAGAGCGCCAGGACCAGGACCAUCGAGACUAAGGAGAGGAGCCUCCGGAGGGGCGUCCAGAGGGGAUUGGAGGUCCCAAGGGAGAUCAAAUGGUGGGAUUAACGGAGACAGGUGGAGAGAUCCUGGAAGAAGGGAUGAAAUGGGAGGGACAGAACACGACCAAGGCAACAAAGAAGAGUGGCAGAUGGGAGGAGAGGACAUUUCGCAUGCUGACCUCCCGGGAAGACCUGGGGAUCAAAGGGGCAGCAAAAGCAAACCGAGCAACGGCAUGGAUAGAGCAGAAGGGUUGGGGGGCUUUCAAAGGGACUUGUCGAGAACCUCGGAUUCCUCCCAAUCGAGGGUGCGGUGGGGCAGCGAGUGGUAUGACGGGGAAAAGGCGUCAGAAAGCUCUGAAGGAGAAAGAUCCUCCAUGCUUAGCUCGGCAGCCGCGAAGUCACCCAGGAAUGAAGAGCAGAUGAGAGAAGAGAACAUGUUCCAAGAUCAAGAUCGAAGAGCAGACACCCUUCGCAGAAGCCAAGUGGAAAGUGUCCAGAGAAGACUGGAGCCAGUACUCUGCACGAUGGCUAACGAUGGGGUCUAUUUCCUAGCCCUGGCCAAGUCUGACGGCGUACCAUACCUACCGUCGGUAGACGUGGAGCGCUCCCCUACUCCUUCAGAAAUCUUCGGCUUUUCUAAAUCUUUGUAUGGGCAGCACGUCCCGAUCAGGCUGGAGGACAGAGCCAGACUAGAUCUAGACCGACCUGUAACACUAGAGGAACUGUCCCAGACCGUUAAGUCCAUGGCCAGGGGCAAAUCGUCGGGCAUUGAUGGACUAACUGUGGAAUUCUACAGCACAAUGUGGGACUCCGUGGGCCCUAACUUAGUUGAGCUAUACAAUCAGAUUUUAGUGGAUGGCCGGUUGGGAAAAGGGAUGGCUCAUGGUGUCAUCAGGAUGCUGUUCAAGAAAGGAGACAAAUCCGAGGUCAUACAUUGGAGGCCGAUCUCGCUGCUGAACGUUUCGUACAAAAUUCUGGCGAAAACGUUAGCACGCAGAUUGGGGGAACACUUACCAGGUCUGGUGGAAGGGGACCAAGGCGCAUUUGUGAGAGGGAGGUUUAUUUUCAAUAACAUAGUUACAGCGUUGGAGGUCCUUGAGGUGGUACAGUCGGAGGGCAUGAACACGUCAGUCCUACUGCUAGAUCUAGAAAAAGCCUAUGACAAGGUUGGCUGGCCCUUUGUAUUUACGACCUUGAGGAAAAUGGGAUUUGGCACUCCGUUCUGCAAAUGGUUAGUUGCGAUGUACACCUUUUCGUCCUCGGCGGUGAUGAUUAAUGGGCAUCUCUCCAAGCCCUUCAAGUUGUCUAGGUCCUUGAGGCAAGGCUGUCCCCUGGCCCCGCUGCUAUUCGUGUUGCAGAUGGAAGUACUGCUGAACAGAAUACGCAGAAAUCCUAACAUCAGAGGGCUGACCUUGCACAGUGGUUCGCAUUGCGAGGUCAAAGCUCUCGCGGAUGACCUGUUCGUCAUCAGCGAGAACCCUUGCACUUCAUUGAUCGCCCUUAAGGAUGUAUUGAGCGAGUACUCGUCCUUGUCGGAAGCUUCGGUAAACUGGAACAAAUCGGUGUUCAUGCUGCCUGUCCAAUUCGAACCAGCUGUGCAAUGGGGCAUGAAGAGGAUUGGGGAAGGGGAAGAAGAAAGGUUUCUGGGUGUCUUGAUAAGUCUCCAAUCUGAAACAUCGGCUCAGGGACUGUUACUUCAGCAAAGAGUUGCUACAAGACUGCGAACCUGGGGAGUAGUGUGGCACUUGUCCAUUAUAGGAAGGGUCCUAGUAGCGAAUGUAGCCCUGUUCUCCAUAUUCUGGUUUGUCUGUACAGUGAGGGAAAUAUCAGAAAGUGUGUGGAGGAUUGUCAAGAGGGUGGUUGCUCGCUUCAUCUGGAAACCGGGCGGGAAAGAAGGUGAAGGUUUCAUAACAAAGGUGGCCUGGGAUCUACUCACCUUCCCACGGUGCGAAGGAGGACUGAAUCUGGUGGCCCCGGUCAAGAAAAAUCAAGCGCAGCUGAGCUCGUGGGUGUGCAAAGUGGCCAAUGCUCCAGUGAAGGAGCAUUGGAUGGAGCUGGCAGAGCAAAUACUAAUAAAGGAAUGGGGGCUCUCCCGCCCCCUGGACGUUUGGCGCUGUCUUUUCAUCCCCUCCUUCCGAAGGAAGAGAGUGAAGUCUCGCUUUUGGAAGGAGGUCCUGAAAGCAUGGAACAGUCUCCCGCCUGAAACAGAAGCCGCACCGCAGACAAAAAAGGAAGUACAGGCCAAAACCUUAUUCGAGAACCCACAACUAUUGGACAAGAAUGGUAACCAAUUUAUGGCCGAUGGUUCCCCAGGCUCCUUUGGUAAGGCCUGGAUCCGAAAAGGGGUAUCCACAGUGGGUGAUCUAUGGAACCCCCUACUAGGGACGUGGAGGCAACUGGACAAUCUGCUGAUCGAGCUCAGCCCACUCAGAAACAUGCAAGUACAUCUGCAGCAGUUGCUUGGAGCUAUUCCAAUUGAAUGGAAAAACAGGCAUUGGACCGGAUGGCUUCGACCCAGUGGGUACCUGGUACUGCGCAACUGGAGAAGACUCGGAGGAAGUUUGGAAACUGCUGGAAGUACUCCCCAGUGGAUUCAGAAAGGUGCAACGGUGGAGAUGCAAGAGCCACUCGAAUGAACCGUGCUUCGUCAACGAAGAAGUCAUCAAGGUCUGGAGUAACCCUCCGCAGGCGAGAAUAGCGGGUAAAGGGGGGACAACAGAGGAGAGGCAGAAGUGGGAAUGGGUGGGUCACUUUCCUCUAAGGAAGCUCUGCAUUGACCCUGCUGCCUGGAGUUGGAAAUCGGGGGUGACCAGACAACCACAUCUCCCCUUGUCGGAAUACACAGUUGCGAAAGGCUAUUCAUUAAGGAGAAAAGUCGGCAUCCAAAACACUC